UGCGGAAGGCUGACGUGUGUUUGCCAUGAGUGUGGCCUAACAGAACAGCUGCUGUUUCAGUGUGUGAUUAUUUGACACGGAUUAAGACAUAUAUUUUAAAUUAAAUAAACUAAUUCGAGUGCACACGUGAAGUCAUGGCAGCCGACUGGGAGGAAAUCAGGCGUCUUGCUGCGGAUUUUCAGAGAGCUCAGUUUGCAGACACUGUGCAAAGGUUGUCUGAGAGGAACUGCAUUGAGAUAGUGGCCAAGCUGGUGGAGGAUAAGAAGAUAGAUGUGGUUCACACUCUGGAUGGGAAGGAGUAUGUGACCCCUGCACAGAUCAGCCGAGAAAUACGUGAUGAACUCUACAUGCAUGGAGGGAGGAUUAAUGUUGUUGAUCUUCAAAAGAUCAUCAAUAUCGAUUUGGUCCACGUGGAGAGCAGAGCAAGUGAAAUCGCCAAAUCAGACAAAGGCACACAGCUGAUACUGGGUCAACUGAUCGACAAAACAUUCUUGGAUCGCCUUGCUGAGGAGGUGAAUGAUAAACUACAGGAGGCCGGACAGGUGAACAUCGCAGAGCUUUGCAAAAUGUACGAUCUACCUGGAGAUUUUCUUACUGAGGAGCUGAAUAAGAGACUAGGCAGAGUGAUCCAAGGACAGAUUGAUCAGUACAACAGAGGAAUGAUCUUUACUCAAGCUUUCCUCUCCAGACACAAAGCUCGCAUAUGUGGCCUGUUUAGUGCCAUCACAAGGCCUACGCAAGUCAGCAACUUGUUAAAUCUGUAUGGUUUUCAGGAGAAUCUGUUAUACUCGGUGCUUGAGGAACUGGUGAACAGCGGCCGUUUGAAAGGCUCAGUGGUUGGAGGCAGGCAGGAUAAAGCCAUUUACAUUCCUGAAAUCUACUCCAAAACCCAGAACACUUGGGUUGAGUCCUUCCUCAAACAGAAUGGAUAUUUAGAGUUUGAGGCGCUGACCCGUUUGGGGAUACCUGAUCCAGUCAGUUACAUAAAGAAGCGCUUUAAGUCCCACAAGUUGCUUUUUCUCAAGUCCGUGUGUGUUGGCAAAGCCAUUGUAGAUCAGUUGGAGGCCUCUGUGGAGGAGGCCAUCAACUCAGCCACUUGGGUUGACCUACAGCCGAUGCUGCCUAGCAGUCUAUCCGAGGAGGAUAUAGGAAUUGUAUUAAACGAGGUGAUGAGGUCGAUGAAUGUGCAGUCCAGCGCAAGGCUUCUGUCCACUGUCAUAGUCAGCGAAAAGUUCAUCAGCGGAUGCCUCGCUUUAUUUGAUGACAUCAUGCAGCAGAAAGCGCAGAAGGAAGUGAAGAAUAACCCUGUUUUUCUGAUAACGGAGGAGGAUAUUAAACAGACGUCUGUGCUGUUGGAGACCUCAAAGAAAGAAAGAAGAGAUGAUCGACGGAAAAAGGCUGCAGAGGGCAGCGGGAGCGUGAAAGGAGGAGGAGGUGGAAAUGCCCGAGAGAUCCGAAUCCGAAAAACAAAAAAGAAGGGCAGGAAGGAUGAAGACAGCGAUGAUGAGACAACACGUGUCUCUCAGGGUAGAAAUAAGCCAGCAGAGGUGCCCUUCCUGUCAGUGGAGGAGAUCAUGGAGGUGCUUGAGGAGAAGGUGUGUGACAGCUUUGAAGAGAUGCUGCAGGAUCUUGCGGAGCUGUUAAUAAGACCAUUGUCAAAAACAUACCAGGAAGUGGUCCGAACAGCUUUCAUGUCCUCUAGUUCGACCGUAGCAGGGGGGAGUCGAAAGAAAAACGUGAAGGACCUUCAGGAGGAAAUAACCAACUUGUAUAACAACAUCCGCCUCUUUGAGAAAGGAAGCAAACUCUUCUCAGAUGAGACCCAGGCGAACAUUGCCAGGCAUGUUUUGAAGACUGUGUGUACAGAUGUUACCAAUGUUCUGCUAAGCUUUGUGGCAGCUGAGCACAUGUCAACAGACUCCACGUCUGCCAUCACCAGUGAGGUAAGACUGAAGAUUCUGGCAAAGCUCUCAGAUGAGGUUAAAGCUCCUCUGAUGAAGUUACACAACAGUCUUAAUGGAAAAAGCAUCGAAGACUUUUUGUCAUGUUUGGAGACGAGUGCAGAAGAGUGUGGGCUCCUUCUGAAGAAAGGGGAUAAAAAAAGAGAAAGGCAGGCUCUCUUUGUGCACCGUCAGGCCCUUUUGGAGCAGCUGAGAGAUGCAGAGGACCCUGCGCUUGUGUUGCAUCUGACCAGCGUUUUGCUCUUCCAGAACGCCACACACUGCAUGCUGCAUGCACCGGGACGCUGUGUGCCACACAUCAUAGGCAGCCUACAAAGCAAGAUUCCAGAGGACCAGCACAGGCUGCUGUCUCAGUACCAGAGUCUGGUGGUGAAGCAGCUGGUCGGACAGGGUCAUGGCCAGGAAAAGAAGAGUGAUCUGGGGGAGGCAGCCAGAGACAGACCUGCCAUGACCGAUGACAUGGAAGACCUUCAGAAAGAGCUCCACAGCCUCACCAAGGACAUUAAAGACCUUGUCCUUACUCCGAUAAAACCAUCCAUAACAGAGUAACACAGUUUCCUGUCAGAUAUAUAGAGAGAGAGAGAGAAUUAAACCUCGGAUGUUAAUUUGUCCUGCUACAUGAUGUAUUAGUGAUCUAUUCGAUUUUAAAUGGCUGAAAUAACGGUUCAACACAUUUCUUAUAUUACAAGCCGCAGUAAUGCUAUUACUAUCAAUGACCCAACUCUGUGCGCUGUGCCGCUAAACUUACUGAAGACGUCUUUAACAAAAAAAAGAUACCAAAGUAUUUACAAAUAUAACACAGUUAUUAAGAUUUCAUUGAGGUUUUAGCUAUUUUGUUGUAUUAUUUCUGUUGAUUUUUUAUUUUUUUUGCAAAUUUUUUCAUAUGAUGCCACCUAAGGGUGAUCUGUGUCCCCUUUGGUCAAGUUUGACCCUGUUAACACUAUCUCAAUUCUUCUAGUGCACGUGCAACUUGAGUAUAGGUGUCUAUGCAUUUCUGUGGAGAAAUAAAUGUAAUGAUUGACCUAGGAUCAUUUAAUCUUUAUUUAAGCUGUUAUUGUAUGAUUUCAAUUUGAGUCAAUUCAAUUAAAGUUAUUAAGUAGAAACAACAUUUGUAUAUCAAAUCUGUGCAUUUAGUUACCGUAACCUUAAUAGUGAAGCUCAUUCAAGUUAAGUGAACUUAAAUAGACACGUUUUGGAGACGCCAUUACUCAAUUUAAUUGAGGGAACGAGUUUACUUAAUCAAUUGAGUAAAGUUAACUUUAUUAGGGUUUUCAGAGUAAUUCCGUGUAACAUAAUGGAAUAAAUGUAUUUUUAAAUUAGCUAAUUAAGUUGCCUCAAAGUGAUAUAUGUCCCCAAUGUGACUAAUUUCUUCAGUUGUACAUGCUAUUUUUUCCUGUCACAUUCA